UGGCUCCCAAGUGCUCACUGCUUGUGGGGACCAGAGGCCAUUAUCAGAUCCUGCUUUGCCAAGACUGUCCUCAGAGGAGCCCCAGACAAGGCUGUUUGCAGCCAGAGGUGUUGGCUCCCAAGUGUUGAGGUGGGGUCUAGCCACCUUAAGGGCUGAAGAGAUCAGUAUACCCUUGUUUCUGCCAGAGUUUCACUCCUACUGUAAGGAGGAUGCUGCAGUUAUUAUAUGCUGGAGACAUUGCUCUAAAGGUGGUGAGAACCAGGCCUCUUCCUGGGAUAGGGUCAGCAGUGGAAGUCGGCUAACUCUUGUAAAAACAGAUACUCAAGCUUUGUAAUGGUUGUUAUCAAAGUGUGGUCUAUGGACUUGGGGGUCCCCAGGACCCUUUCAGGUGGUCAGUGAGGUUAAAACUAUUUUCAUAAUAAUACCGAGACUCCCUUGCCUUUUUCACUGAUGAUUCAAAAGUAAGGGUGGAUAGAACUUCUGAAGCUUUAGCAUGAAUCAAAGAAGUGACACUGAACUGUACCAGUAGUCGUUGUUGUCUUUUUCACACACACAAACCAAACCAAAACCAAACCCACUGCCAUCGAGUCGAUUCCGACUCAUGGCGACCCUAUAGGACAGAGUAGAACUGCCCCAUAGAGUUUCCAGGGAGCGCCUGGUGGAUUCGAACUGCCGACCUCUUGGUUAGCAGCCGUAGCAUUUAACCACUACACCACCGGGGUUUCCUUCACGCACACAGUAAAACAAAAAAACAAACAAAAUUUUUAUUUAAAAAUGUACUUGAUGAAGCAGCAGAAAUUAUUAAUCUUAUUAAAUCUUAACCCUUGAGUACACAUCUUUGUAGUAUUCUCUGUGGUGACAUGAGAAUAUGCAUAGAACAUGUCUGCUGCAUACUGAAGUGCAAUGGUUGUGGAGAGGAGAAUGUACUUGUGUGAUUGUGUUGUGAAUGGAAUUAACCACGUUUCUUGGAACACCAUUUUUACCUGAAAUAACAGCUGUCAGAUAAACUAUGAUUUUUGAGACGUUGGAAUUUGGCAGACAUUUCCUUGAAAAUGAAGGAAGUGAACCUGUCACUUCAUACCGAUGGUAUUUUGUUGCCAGUGAUAAAAUUUGAACCUAUAAAUGAAAAUCAGAAAUUUGGAAAAACUUGUUUCUGCUUGAUAACUUCCCCAUACUUGAAUUAAGUAAACAAGUGAUAGGGACUGACCCUACUUGAUGGCUUUGCAGGUGGUCAGUUUUCAUAAACAUUCCAAACAUGCUUGAAAAGAAUAUAUGUUCUCCAUUUUCGGAAUAUGAGGUUCUCUGAGUGUCAGUUUAGAUUUAUUAACUGUUCUGUUCAAAUCUUCUUUAUUCUUACUGAUUUUGUGAGCCUGAUUUUUCAUUUUUCAGUAGUAUAUGUGUUUCUGAUUGUGAUGAUGGGUGACGUGUUGUGUGUUUCUUCUUGUAAUUCUGUUAAUUUUGAUUUAUACAGAGAGAAGUUUCAUUAUUAGGUGCAUACACACUUUGGUGCAUGACCUCCUUUUGUGAUGUCCAAUUUCUGACCCUUCUAGUUUAAGUCUGUUCCCCAGUUUUCUUCCGUAAAUUCAUGUAUGCCUUUUACUGCAGCUAAAGUCUCUGACUUACCCCUUUGAAGUAGCAAUGGAAGGGUUAAUGGUUAAUUGUCAAAGACUUUUUUUUUUCAGGCAUCUGGAAAAAACUAUGCAUUCACAGCCCUGCAUUGUGGUAACCAGGUGCAGGAAGAGAAGAGCAGAGAUUUGCAUCACCCGUGUCACUUCCCAUCUGGAGCCAGGCAAAGGACACAACACACAUAUGCUCCUUGAGUAUGACCGGCUGGGCUUCCUCCUGAAGCUGGAUUCCAAACUGCCUGCUGAGUUAGCCACCAAGUACGCAAACUUUUCAGAGGGAGCUUGUAAGCCUGGCUAUGCUUCAGCCUUGAUGACCGCCAUCUUCCCCCGGUUCUCCAAGCCAGCACCCAUGUUCCUGGAUGACUCCUUCCGCAAGUGGGCUAGGAUCCGGGAAUUUGUGCCACCUUUUGGUAUCAAAGGUCAAGAUAAUCUGAUCAAAGCCAUCUUGUCAGUCACCAAAGAGUACCGCCUGACCCCUGCCUUGGACAGCCUCAGCUGCCGCCGCUGCAUCAUCGUGGGCAAUGGAGGUGUCCUUGCCAACAAGUCUCUGGGAUCACGAAUUGAUGACUAUGACAUCGUGGUCAGACUGAACUCAGCACCAGUGAAAGGCUUUGAGAAGGAUGUGGGCAGCAAAACAACCCUGCGCAUCACCUACCCUGAGGGCGCCAUGCAGCGGCCUGAGCAAUAUGAACGUGAUUCUCUCUUUGUCCUCGCUGGCUUCAAGUGGCAGGACUUCAAGUGGUUGAAGUACAUCGUCUACAAGGAGAGAGUGAGUGCAUCAGAUGGCUUCUGGAAAUCUGUGGCCACUCGAGUGCCCAAGGAGCCCCCUGAGAUUCGCAUCCUCAACCCCUAUUUCAUCCAAGAGGCAGCCUUCACCCUCAUCGGACUGCCCUUCAACAACGGCCUCAUGGGCCGGGGGAACAUCCCAACACUUGGCAGUGUGGCAGUGACCAUGGCACUACACGGCUGUGAUGAAGUGGCAGUUGCGGGCUUUGGCUACGACAUGAGCACGCCCAAUGCACCCCUACACUACUAUGAGACCGUGCGCAUGGCAGCCAUUAAAGAGUCCUGGACACACAACAUUCAGCGAGAGAAAGAGUUUCUGCGGAAGCUGGUGAAAGCACAUGUCAUCACGGACCUAACUAGUGGCAUCUGAGGUGGGCCCAGGACAUGGCCACAGAGGCCCAGGCACCACCAGGAACAAGCAGCAGCCACCGCCACCUGCCCACUUCAUUGGCCUUGGUCUGGCUCUGCCAGAGAGGCGCAAUAGCCUUCAGAUCCAGAGAAGGACAGUGCCAAGUGGCCCCAGGGGCGGCAUGGCCUUGGCAGGGCAGUCAGAGUACCUGCUCAAGGCCAGCCUCAGAGACCAGCACUCAACGUCACUCUCAGCCUGGCUUCUUGAAGCCAGAGGGCCAGGAAGUAGCUGGCUGUGCCCAGCAGACCCAGCAUGCAGGAGGUGGGACACGAGGCAGCAAGACUGCCGCCGGAAUCAUUUCUCCAAUCAGUGUUUGGUGUAUUAUCAUUUUGUGAAUUUGGGUAGGGGGAGGGCAGGGAUAAUUUAUUUUUAAAUAAGGUUGGAGAUGUCUAAUUUGGUCCACUUGCCUUGCGGGAAGAGGACCACUAGAGGGCCCAUCAGGCAGUGGUACUCAACAGUGGGCUCCCUGUAGGGUGGGAGUGCCGUGACUGGCCUGUACCCUUCUUCAGCACUCCAGGGAGGUGGGCAGGAUCUCAUGCCAGCCCCCUCCAGCUUAUGACACUAUUUGGCCUUGGGGAGAAAAUGGGGUAUUCCCAUUCACCAGCCCCUGUAUGCUCCACAGGGAAACCCUGGAGUCAUCCCUUCUGAGCCAACAAGACAGCAGCUGGGCUAGAGCAGAGAGAACUUUAGAGCUCAGGAGGGGAGGCCUGGCCCAGCCCAGUGGGAAAGGCCUUCUCCUUAGCUGCAGCUGAUAUAUGGGAUGGUGCCCAGGUCUGGACUGACCAACUUGUCAGCUGCUCUGGGUUUCAGCAAUGAGACUGCUAGGUCCUUGGGCCCUGCCUUUAGACUGGACCAGAAGGAAGUGAGGCCCACAAACCUUACCCAGGCUGUGACAGCCAUUCUAGGCAGCCAUCAUGGAAGCAAUAAAGCUCUUCCCUGAUCCUGGUUGCCUCUUGCUUUCUCUGGCUUUCCUAGAAGAAAUAGGAACCCGAGGCCUCAGCACCUGUGCUGAACCCAAGGGCCAUCUCUCCCGCUCACAGAUUUCUGGGUCCCUUUUACUUCUCAUAUCAACUGUAGGACCUGGGUAUCCACCUAGGAGUCUCUGGAGCAUCUCUUGUCCCAGGCAAUCCUUUAUCCUCUUCUCUUUAAGACAGACAAGCCAGAGGUAUCAGAGCAUGCCCCAGAGCCCACUCACGUGCCUCGUAGAAGAACCAAAAGACAAGGAUUGGAGCUUACAGCUCUAGGACAGUACUCUGGGUCACCGUAGCCACAACUCGACAUAGCACAGGAGAAGCCCACAGACCUUCCCCACCAGCACCUCUGGCUCAGCUUUGGGAAAGACAUGCCCUGUGUCCUCUCCCCGCAGCGCCCCUCCCAGCACCGAAUAGGAAGGCACAUAGCCCAGCUCCAGGCAUCCUCUGGUGAGCUUUAGGAAUU